AUGGACUGGUUCCAUUGCAACAACUGUUUCCGAAGACAGGGAGUCCAUUUCGCUGUAUCCAGCUGUGGUCACAUCUCCUGUGAAGGCUGCAUUAACCCUAGCCGGUGCACUAUUUGUGGGGCAAGCUGUAAUUACCUGCCCAUUUCAGACCAGAUGAAGACUCAGGAACAGGUGUUUUUCAAGGACCCAGUAAAACUGAUUCAGUCACGCCUGGAGCACAUAGCACAGAUUGCUCUAUUUCAACGGAGGCAAAAGGAGAGUGUGAUUUCACACUUUAAACACAAGUCUGUGGAGCUGGAGAAAAGAUUGAAAGAUGUCACAGACCAGUGCUACAGGUUAUUUAGCCAUGAACUUAAAUCUCCCCUGUGUCCUCUCUGCAGACAAGUGUCAGAGCUGAAAAGAGAGAAUGCUGAGUUGAAGAAGCCACUGUCUCAGAGAAGGGUAUCACCUGGCAACAGAUUCCAAGUGAAUGGCACUACUCAAAGAAUGUCACUACCAAUGGCUGUGACUUCCCCAGUCACUCCUCGCUCUCGAAAUGUCAGUCACCCAGGCUCAGCUGAGAUUCAGGAGAGGAACAGAGACAGAAACCAUAGACUUACCCUAACAGCCUGA